AUGAAACAAAUCACUCGAGGCCAGACACCCGCGGAGGCCGAGUUAUGCUACUUGGAGAACGCCAAGAAACUGCCCCUUUACGGAGCCGAACUGCACUGCGUCACGGAUUCCGAGGAUGUUGAUCUGGUGUUAACCGUUGGGGCUGGUGGCAUCGCUGUUUACAGAGACGGCGUCCUGAUGAACCGCUUCCCCUGGGCCAAGAUCACCAAGAUCAGCUACAACAAGCGCGUGUACACGCUCCGACUGCGCGCCAGCGAGUUCGACCAGUUUGAGACACAUUUGGGCUUUAAGCUGGCUUCCACACGUGCUGGCAAGAAACUGUGGCGGUGUUCCGUCGAACACCAUAUGUUCUUCAGGAGAGCCGCCCCCGUGGCGGUGGAGCGCGUCGCCGGCUUCCCGCGCCUCGGCUCGCGGCGCCUGUCGUGCCGGCGCACGCUGCGCCAGAUGCGGGAUCUACCGAGACAGAUCACUGCCUGAUCAACACAGAGCACAGAGAUAACGACCGACUAUAUCAAAGAGCCUUAAGCUGCAAACGCGCUGCGUCACGCCGUGUGUUUGGCUAAGCCUUUAAGAUCACUACCUGACACACCGGUCUGAUUUAUACUUGCCUUCAACCGGGAAGGGAAUAACUAUCUGAACGUGAUAAAACACCAAGUUUCAAUUUUUAAUUACAUUUUGUAAAAAUAUUCCUUACCCAGGUAGCAUUUAUACGUCAUUGUGACGUCGGUUACGUCAUUAUGACGUAUAAAUGACGUCAUUAUGACGUCGCUGACGUCAUUUUGCUACUAGGGAAAAUUCUUUGCCAGCGUAUUUUUGAACCACGGGGUCCCUUUGUUUAACAUUAUUGAGUCAUAAUGUUAAUGAUUGUCCGAUUAUUAUUAGUCAUACUGAAACCGUUAACUUUUCAGGGUUUUCGUAAGGUUAUCCUAUAGAUAGGUUAGGUUAGGUUAGGUUUGUUUUAUGACAAUUCUGAAAAGUAACGUGUUAACUAAAUUAUGACUAACGAAAAUUCGGACAAACAAACAAAUUAUGACUUAAAAUUGUAUGGGAAACAAUAGAGAUCUUAGAACCACACUUAGUUUGGUCAUGGACAGUUUCACAGUAAGUAGUUAUUUGUGCCUGUUUCAAACGGUUUAGAUAUAUGAAGGUAGUAGGUACCUACUGUUUCGUGUACCGUCACGUAGGCUUAUUUCAAAACCUAUUUUAAGCCUGAAUAACUGUAAUGGAGGUUUUAUUUUUUAUUAUCAUGAUAAUCGAAAGAUAUACUUUUACGAUAGACGUGUAACAUUAAUAUAGUAGUAAUAUUUAAGUGCCUCACGAGCGAUACAUAAUAGUUAAUAAAAUAAGGGCUAAGUAAAUGUUAUUUUAAAAACUACUGAUAAUAAAUCAGAAGAUAUAAUGGUAAAAUAAUAUAGUUAUAGUAAAAUUAUAAAAAUGCGUAAGUGCCAUGUAAACAGAUCUUCGAAUCAUUAGGUUCAGUAAAGGUGAAAU